AAACAUCUUUUCCCUUCCAACAACAUUGAAACACAAUACUUGGACAUUACAGAAAAUAGACAUGUUUGCCCUGGGGCUAUUGUUAUUUGUUUGGGUUUUUUUCCAAGCUGAAACUUUGGAUUUUUUUCCCCCUUUAAUUAAAUUUGUUUUGCUGCAAAUCCCUUUCUGGUGCCUUCAGUGUUGCUGUAAAAGGCAGGGCCCAGGCUGCAGCUCCAUGCCCAUGGCUCCAAGGCUAAACAAUACCACAGAGGGGGGGAGCAGAGGGUAAGCCCAGCUAAUCAGGACUUGCCUAAUAGGACCGAGUGCUUAAUGAGGACCCAGGGACUGUGCUUCCCCAGCUGGAUUUGGCUGGAGGAAAAUGCUUUGUGCUCUCAGCACCAGGUUUGAGACGGCUCAGUUCUCUCCAAUGUACUGGAGCAGUGUUUUUUCCCUCCUGUGAAUCCAUCCUCACUGGACACAAGACAGAUCUGUGAGGGAUUUGUGGGGAUCUAGGGGUGCUGGAGGAUCUGAACAAGACCCUGGAAGCAAAAGGAUCUACGUUUUGCUCAAAGGGAGAUUUUUCAAGUCAAAACACUGUUUAUACCUUGAUUUUCCUAAGCAAAGCCACCAAAGGCCCCACCUGCUCCCCUCAUGUCCUUGGAGCUCCCUGAGGAGCUUUGGGGGGAUUUUAGGGAUUGACUUCAAUAAAUAACAGCAAAUGUUCCACUAUUUUGUCCUGGAGACCUGUUCGGAUUGUCUCUGUCCCCAUUGCUACACCCCACAUCGAGCUGGGGUGUGGUUUUGGGAAGGGCAUGGGACAGGGAGGGCACCUCAGGCCUUUCCCUGGUUAAUGAGGGAGAUUUGGAGUUCAGCAUGGGAUGCAGGGCAAGGUGUCAGGGGGUUGUAGGGUGUGCCCAGGGGGGUGGGUGCUGGGUACGUGGUAGGUGGGUGCAGAGGUGGGUGCAGAGGUGGGAGGUGGUCUGCACACAGUCAGUGGGUGCAGAUGCAGGUGGGCAUCCCCACAUACACAACAGGUGGGUUCAGGAGUGGGUGGGUGUGCAGAUGUGCACAGUGCUGGGGUGCAGAUGUGAGGUGGGUGCCAAAACCAGUGGGUGCUUCCACCUGCUGUGGAGUGCUGGGGUGUGUGUGGGGCAAGCGGGAGCCGUGACCAGGGUUGGGUUCUCUGUCUGGUGCUGGGUCCUGGGUCCGGGUUCGGUGCUGGGUCCAGGCUGUGCUGAGCUGGAGCAGGGGCUGGAUCCAGGUCAGGAGCUGGGGUUUGGUCCAGGGUAGGGUCCAUGUCCGUGUCCAUACCUGGGGCCAGGUCUCGGUCUCUCACAUCCGAGCUUUCCACUGCGUGCUUGGUCCAGGUCCUGGCUCUUGGACCGGUGCUGGGGCUGUGCCGGGUCCGUGUCCAGGGCUGGGGUGAGGUCCGGUGCCAGGACCGGGGCUGGGUCCCGGUUUGUGUCCGUGCCCAGGUCCGGUCCGGCUCAGGGUGGGGCCCCGAUCGGGUGCUGGGUCCCGGUUUGGGACCGGGUCCAGCUCCGUGGCCGGAUCCCGGUGCGAGUCGGUGCCAAUGCCGGACCCGGUCCCGGUGCGGAUCGGAGCGCUGCGAGUGCCAGUGUCGGGGUGGGGUCGGUGCCGGUCCCGGUGCAGGUCGGAGCGGAGUCAGGGCUGGUGCCGGUCCCGGUGCAGGUCGGAGCGGUGCUGGGGCAGUGCCGAUGGCCGGGUCGGGGUGGGGUCGGUACCGGUGCGGAUCGGGGCGGUGCCGGUCCCGUCCCGGUGCGGGUCGGGGCGGUGCCGGUCCCCGUCCCGGUGCGGGUCAGGCGGUGCCGGAUCCGGUCCCGGUGCGGGUCGGGCGGUGCCGGUCCCGUCUCGGUGCGGGUCGGGCGGUGCCGGUCCCGUCCCGGUGCGGGUCGGGCGGUGCCGGUCCCGUCCCUGUGCGGGUCGCAGCGGAGCCGGGGCGGUGCCGGAUCCGGUCCCUGUGCGGGUCGCAGCGGAGCCGGGGCGGUGCCGGCGGCGGUGCCGGUGCGGGCCGGGGCGGGGUCGGUGCCGGGGCCGAGCGGAGCCGGGCGGGCGCGGGGAGGGCUGAGGCGGCGGCGCCUGCGCGGGGCCAUCGCGGCGCUCCGCGAAGUUCCGCGGGGCCCGGGGAAGUUUGGGCUCGGCUCGGCCCCGGCCAUGGCCUUCCGCCGGCGGGCCAAGAGCCACCCGCUCUUCAGCCAGGAGUUCCUCAUCCACAACCACGCCGACAUCGGCUUCUGCCUGGUGCUCAGCGUCCUCAUCGCCCUCAUGUUCGAGGUGACAGCCAAGACUGCCUUCCUGUUCAUCUUACCUCAGUAUAAUGUUAGUGUGCCUACAGCAGAUGGGGAGCUGGUCCAGUAUCACUAUGGGCUGAAGGAUCUGGUCACCAUCCUCUUCUACAUCUUCAUCGCCAUCGUCCUGCACGCCGUGGUGCAGGAAUACAUCCUGGACAAAAUCAACAGGCGUCUGCAUCUCUCCAAGGUCAAACACAGCAAGUUCAAUGAGUCAGGGCAGCUGGUUGCCUUCCACCUCACCUCUGUCAUCUGGUGCUUGUACGUCGUGGUGACGGAAGGAUACAUUUCAAACCCCCGGAGUCUGUGGGAAAACUACCCGCAUGUUUAUCUGCCGUACCAGGUGAAGUUUUUCUACCUGUGCCAGCUGGCUUACUGGCUGCACGCCCUGCCCGAGCUCUACUUCCAAAAAGUCCGCAAGGAGGAGAUCCCCCGGCAGCUGCGCUGCAUCGCGCUCUACCUGCUGCACAUCGCCGGCGCCUACCUGCUCAACUUAACCCGCUUGGGGCUGAUCCUCUUGCUGCUGCAGUACUUGGCCGAGUUCUUCUUCCACAUAGCGCGGCUGGUUUACUUCACGGAUGAGAACAACGAGAAGCUGUUUAACGUCUGGGCCGUCGUGUUCGUGGUCACCAGGCUCUUCACCCUCACCUUGUACAUCCUGGUCAUCGGCUUCGGGCUGCCGCGCGUGGAGAGCCAGGCCCUGGACCCCGAGAGAGGGAACUUCUUCAGCUUCCUCUUCAACAAUGUUCUCUUCAGAAUGAGUGUGCUGCUGUUGGUGUGCCUCUUCCAGGCCUCGGUGAUGUGGCGCUUCAUCCACUUCCAGCUGCGGCGCUGGAGGGAGUACUGGCACGAGCAGAGCAGUCGGAAGCGAGCCGCCGCCGCCGCCGGCACCAAGCAGCAAAGCAAGCCGCUCAAGAGGGACUCGGGUUACCAUGAAAACGGAGUGGUGAAAGCAGAGAACGGAACCUCACCUCGCACCAAGAAGCUCAAGUCUCCGUAGAAGCCCAGGGUUGUUUCCUGGGGAGGAGGGUGAGAUACCAGGACUGAGCAGCCCCUCCUCCUGCGCCUCACGAGCGGCGUCUUGAAAGGCUCGGAAUCAUCUUCCCAAGGUGUCUCUUGCUCUCCUCCCUCCCUCCCUUUCUUGCUCUCAUGAACCAUUUGCAAUAAAACCAAAAAGGUCCCUUUCCUGUUCUCCCACCCCCCUCAUAGGAACCUUUUCCAGCCCUCCUGGUUUUGCCUUCCUUUGUUUGAUCGUAAACCAGCGUGCAUUUUUUUUGCCUUUUUUUUUUUCUUUUCUAUUUUUGUGUUCGGUUAUUUUGGUUAAUGGUUACAAAUGUAUCAUAGAUGGUUCCAAACAAUCCUUUUUUCUCCUACAGCAUGUUCCUCCCCUCUCUUCAUGGUGCUUCCCUGAGCCCCUGGGACAGGGCCACGACAGCUUGAAGGCACCAGAUGUGUGUUAUGGGAUCAGAUUCCUGGGGGAAUGUGCUGGGGCUGGGAGAUCUGAGGCUCAGGGGUGCUCUCAGGUGGGAUGGGCCACAUCUGGCCAGCACUCAGCAGGAUGGUGAUGCUGCAAAGAGAGACCAGGGUGUGAUGGAGGAAGCUCAACCCUGUCUUGUCUCCUGGUGGACCUCUGGUUAACUGGGGUUUUCUGAACCCUGCUUUUGAGGAUUUUCCAGAGCUGGGCAGCAAAGAAGGGAGAGAACUUCCCUCUUCAUAUGGAAGGUCCACCUCCUAGCUUUUGUUUGCCCCAGCAGGGUUUCUUUUGGCUGCCCUGUGGUUGUUCUGGGCCUCCCAGCCCCAAGAGCUGGGCCCAGGGCUCUGCAGCUCUCAGAGUUUUGUUAUGGGGCAGCAGCAUCCUCAGUUCCACGUGAAUCCUUGGGGCCUGCCCCGCUCUGAGCGCUGGCCUGGCUCCUGUCAGCCCAGGCUCUUUGCCAGCUUGUCUGUGCCUCGUGGACCUGGUGUUUUGGUUGCCCAUCACUAUCUCCAGGUGAUGAACUGUUUGUUGCAAAGGGUUUUUGCAUCAGUGGGAUUAUGCCCCUCAUGCUGUCACCUCAGCCUUCCUUGUCCCUACCGUACCAGUCCAGCCAUUGGCAGCCACCAGCUUCACUCUUUGUUUCCAAAGGAUACAGUGCUUGUAUCCACCCAAGGUGCUAUCAAAUCCAGGGUUUCUUCCAAAAAUCCUAGCCCCUUCAUCCCUUUCUGAGCUGUGAAUGAGACAACAGGGAAGGAAGGGGAAGGAGGCCAGGGCUGCAAGGAGCAGCUUGCAUUUUAGGAACAAGCCUGGCUUGUGACACGUAGCUGUUGGCAGAUGGAAUUGUCUCGAAUCUACCUCAGAGGCCAUCUGUUGCUGCAGACCACUUUCCCUUCUUGCUCCUGCCCGCUGCCACCUCCACGUGCUGGCAGGAGAUUUUGUGGAAAGCCACGUCCCACCAGCUUGAUCCCUCGCUGACUCUGCUGGGGAGCAGCACCUGCUUGGGGUUUCAUGGGUCAGUGCCAUCUCACUGGGCUUCUUUUUAGGGUGCCAUGGCAGACCAGAUUUGGCAGGUGAGCAGUAGUGGCACCUCUGUCCCCACACUUUCCCCUGGGGCAGUUCCUGAGCUGGGCUUUGCUGUUGGUGCCUCUUGUGCAGCGAAGUCGGCCGUAGCUUUAGUUCUGCUUCACCACGGCAGGAGCAGGGGACUCGUGGUGUGUCCCCUUGGCUGGGUGAGGACAGGGACACACAGCUGGGAUGCUCUUCUUGUGCAGUGCAGGACUGAUCCUUGGUGUGUCCCUGGCUCAGCCCUUGGGGACAUCUGAACUCCGGAUCUCUCUGAGUGCAAUUCCAGCUGGAGGCUGGUGCUGUUGUCCCUCGCGCCACUCGUGUUUUGAGGAACGGGUGACAGUUGAUUUUCUGCCCCUCUUUGAGUUGAGUUGGGUUUUUUCCCAUUUAUCUGGUUGUCUUUUGUCCUUUCCUCCUCCUCUCCUUGUUGAGGAGGCACUGGAGGGAGAAAACAUGCAGGGACAUGAGAACAUUUGGUCAAAUUCCGCUUGUUCCUCAAUCCCUCCAACAUUUGAGUGUCAGGUGAGAUACUGGCAGGAGAGGGCUUUCCCCGUUUUCAGGGGAGCCGGGGAAGGAGGCUGGAGCAGAGCCCUUGGUGGUCCCUUGCCAUUGCUCCUUGUAGCCUUGCUGGGAGGGUAAGACACUUUUUUGGCUCAGAGGCAGCAACAGGACCCGCAGUGCAGCGUGAAAAGAGCUUUAUGUUGGGGAGGACAUGGAAAAGGUCUGGUGUGAGAGGUUUUUCCUUUCUCCUGCCUCUUCCCAUCCCCUGCCAUCCACUGCCAGUGCCCUCCAGGAGUGGCUGCUGCCUGGCACCUCCCCAGAGCCUUGGCCAGGCCUUUCCGCAGCGCUGGUGCCUCACAGCAGCCGAGCUGCUGACUCUUUUAGCAGGUGACACAUAGAGGUCCCCAAAAACAUGUCUGCUGCAUGAUUCCUCCUCCUGCCUGCUUGGCUUCAGGCAGCUUUUCCACUUGCACAAUCCUCUCUCUUCCUACAGUAGCUGGUGAUGCUUUGUAUCACAAGUGCCUUAUGUUGUAGCCUCUCUGUGCACUAUGCCAGUAGCUGAACACCCUCUUUUGUUACUACGUAUGUGCAACAUAUGCUACAUUUAAGUGGUUUUUGUUUUCUUUUUGGUAGAGCUACCUGGAAAAGGGACAUUUGUUUUUGAAGCAUUUCCAUGUGUUCUUUUUAUGAUUUUGGUUUUUUAAACCUAUAGAUGAUGGGGCUUUUUUUUUUUUUUUUAGCCCUCACUCUGUAUUUAGAAAUCCCCAUUUUUCUGUUAGACUCAAACCUGGCAGGUGGGGAUUUUUUUUUGAGCUGAGCCUUUCUUGUGAGGCAAUAUCCACUGCAAUCCCCUCUCCCUUGGAGGGGCUGCCAUGGGCUGCUCCUAUCUCUGUGUUGUAGUGCAAGCACAAUCCCUGGGCUGCAAGCCACAGUAACUGCUCCUGUAUCCGUGUCAUUCCUCAGCAGAUCCAGCCUUCCUUUCAGCCCAAAGAGCUUUUUCUUGGAGCAUUUUCAUUGCAAGCCCUUAGUGGUCAGUCUGUCCUUGGCUGCUCUGCCUAUGAAAUUCCACGAGCUCACUUCCCUUUAGUGGAUGCCCUUCUCAUGCCCCAUCUUGUGAAGCCCUGUGUUAUCUGCAGAAAACAUGAUUGAGGUUGGAAAAUGUCUCCAAACUUGUCAAAGUCUAGCCUUUAAUCCAACGCCAAGAUCCAGCUCUGAGCAGGAGCUCUUGUCCACCACAGUGCAGAAGGUGAUGGAGAUUAUCCAAAAGUUCCAGUGGGAUAUGAUUGCUUGCACCCUUCCUGUGGACUUGGGGCUGCUUUAGUAGUCUGUGUCCAUUAUCCAGCCUAAGGUGGUCAGGAGUUGAGCAGCCUGUGGUUUUUGGGGUGUAGUGUUUUCCUGUCCUAGCCUAGAAGAGCUGUGAAAUACCAGCACUAGUUCUCUCUUCUCGUCUUAGGUAGUUGGAGAAGGAGCUUGGGAAGAGAAGGGGGUGGAGGAAGAACAGAUGUAGCAUUUCACAUACAGUUUUUGAGUGACUCUUACAUUAUGGGGCAUUACAGUCGUGUUUUGUCUUGUUGUUGUUGUUGUUUAGGAUUCUUUCUUCUUACUCAUGAUCUUUGGGUUAGUAGUAGCCAAGUUCCAGUUCCUCUGUAGGUCCCCUUACCUUCAACUCAGUGUUUUAAAAGGUAUUUCUGGGAAGAGUGGCCACUCUGGGAUGUCUCUUCCUUGCCUCCAAGUGACUCUGGGAGCUUGGAGCCGCCCUGUCUUUGCUGCGGUGCCUGGGGGUUCACAGCAGCCUCAGGCUCUUGGUCCAGGGACCCCAGAUUGUGUCAACAGUGGAUGGAGAUGAUGGGGUUUGAUUUACAGCCUUCUGAGAAACUUCAUGGGGGAUGGAAGGGUGGUUUAGUAGGUUUUAUGCCCAGCAAUGUUCCUCCUCCUUGGAGCUGUGUGUGGGGUUUUUCUGGGAAGAACGGCUGUUGGAGAAGCCAGACAGAGAUGUGUAGUUUUUACUCGGAAAUGUUGAACUCAACUGAUCAACAAAGGAACUCGAGGAAAAAUUCUGUUCUUCCAUAUUUAUGCUUUAGUGCAAAUUUCCUGAUUUUGGAGGGGGUGGGGGGAAUUAACAGUCUCUGGUAUUUUAUCCCAUUUGUUUCAUUCUUCCUGUCACUUCAGUUUUUGUACGGAUUUUGUUUGUUGUUGUUUGUUGUUCAAUGACUUUUGUGAUAAACUCAGCAGAAGUAUUUUUCUCAAAUAAAUAAAUAAACAAAAGGCAUAGAUUCUUCCA